AAAAGAACAAAGCAUGGAGGGUCUCAAUACAUAUCGUUCGACCGGGUCCAACAAAGCGAAACACCGUAGAAGGAGGGUACGACCCAGUCCGAUUCUCAGCCUAGGCCUUUUUAGUAGGGAUUUUAUUUAGAAUCGCUUUGCGAUGGAUGCAGCAGAGCAAAUUAAUUGAUCUAUUCCUCAAUUUUCGAUCUCUAUUUUUCUCUUUAUCGUAUCAUCCAAAAGACCCUCUAAAUUUCCUCAGUGAGAAUGGCCCGGGUUUAUGUCGGGAACUUGGAUCCUCGGGUCAUGGAGAGGGAUCUCGAAGAUGAGUUUAGAAUUUUCGGUGUUCUCCGCAGUGUAUGGGUAGCUCGAAGGCCACCUGGAUAUGCAUUUAUUGAGUUUGAUGACCGCAGGGAUGCUAUGGAUGCAAUCCGUGAAUUGGACGGCAAGAAUGGUUGGCGUGUGGAGCUUUCUCAUAACUCUAAAGGUGUUGGAGGCCGUGGUGGGCGCCGUGGUGGGGGUGAGGAUUUGAAGUGUUAUGAGUGUGGUGAACCUGGUCACUUUGUUCGGGAAUGCCGCUCGCGCAUUGGCUCUUGGGGCGACGGGAAUGGGCGACGUCGAAGCCCUAGUCCUCAUCGUCGUAAAAGUCCAAGUUAUGGGUAUGGGCGCAGGAGCUAUAGUCCACAUGGCAGAAGAUCUCCUCAGCGCCAUAGCAUAUCACCUUGUCGUGGUCGCAGCUACAGCAGGUCACCUCCAUAUCGUCAUUCUCGUCGUGAUUCACCUUAUGCUAAUGGAGAUUAAAGCGGGACCUGAACUGAGCAAAUCUGGAAUGAUAUCUAUGAAAACAAUUUGUAAUAUUGUAGCACUUAUAGGUUCAGUGUGGAAAAGAGAUUUAUGUUACUUAUGUUCAUUUCGUGACAAUGAGGUCUUUAGAACUUGUGGUUUUGCAUGGCUUCCACUCUGCAAAGUGUUUCAGCCGCUAAAACUGGUGCCUUGGACUCCAUUUUGUGAUGCUUGCUGUCAGCAGCAUAUAAAACUGGGAAGUUUCUUUCUUGCUUCAUAUUGUUAUCUACUUCUAUUUAUCUAUUACCCCUUUAUGUUAACUUAGAUACCAUGGUAACUUUGUCUUUCUGAGAUGGAUGAUUCUAAAGUAUUUUUAUGUUUUGUUUUGAUUUGUGAUUUUGAAGUAAAACAGCAUGCUUUCGCCACUUCACUGCAUCUUAGUGCACAUGGUUUCCUCGCUAUUGCUUCUCUGCACCACCUCUUCUACUCGUCAUCGCUCCUGCAUGUUGUAGAAGCUUGAGUGACAUGUUGAAUUUGCUAGUAUUAACAUAUGGAUUUUAGUUGCGACCUUGUUUCUGGUGCAUGCAUCUGCAACAAAGCUUCUAAAUUUUUAAGACGAAGCCGUUAAUUGGUCUACUGUAAUUAGCAUCUCUGCACUUCGUCAUCUUGUAUGAUUGCUUCGUGUUCAGCCCAAAUUUUGAAUUGUGCAAGGCCCUUCUUAGGAUCUCGUCUUCAACAAAGAGUUUGAUCUAGCUUUGACCUUUGCCUCCAGCGUAACUGAUUUUGGAAGGUGUCAGUUUUACUUUUAUAUUGUUGUCUAGUACUACCUGUUGAUGAUGGAUAGGAUGUUCAUACAUAUUUUUGGUGUUGAUGGCAUGGAACCUUUUAUGCCUGCAUUCUGUCUACAUGUCUUUGAAGGUUGCAUUCAGCAUGGAAGCCGCCACAACCUUUACUGACAUAUUUGAUGAUCAUCUAAGUGAUGGAUUGUCUGCAAAGCCCCAAAGGUUUGGAGAGAAAUUAAAUUGGAAACCGAAGUUGAUGAAGAAAAGGGUUUUAUUCUAUGCUCAUGAGUUUAUCUUUCCGACUCUACUGCAUUUCCUGCCACCAUUCUUAAACAGGUUUAGGAAUGCUACUUUUUCUUUAUUUAUUUAUUAUUUGGGUUUCUUUCACUCGAUUUUAUUUUUAAAUUUGGGUUAGAAAAAUUACCUAUUUUUCUCAUUCUUUUUAUCAUAUUUUGUAACUGAAUUGUUUAUUAAAAGUAUUUGUUGUUCAAUGUAAUUGUUAAACGGGUUAAACGGGCUAAAUGGUGCUCAUAAUUCUCUUUAUUGGUUUACUUUAUUCCUUAAAA